UGUUCCACUUCUUUCUCACGCGGUAUUUCAACUUCUCUCCCCCAGUUUCUUCCCAUAAACCCCCUCAGAAUUCACCUCCACCCGUUGAUUCUUAAUUUCUUACAGAACUGUAUAAUCAUAGUAUACCCACAAACAAAAUUUCAUAAAAAUACUUUAAAAUUGGGUAUUUUGAAAAAAAAAAUAAGGAGAAGAAUCUCGAUAUAGAAGAUGCUGCGAUCUUACUGUUUUAGACCAUUGGAGAGAUGUUGUGGUGUUCGGAAUGAUGGGUUGUUAUGGCACAUGGAUUUGAAGCCACACGCAACUGGAGACUUUUCUAUAGCUGUUGUGCAGGCUAAUUCACGCCUCGAAGACCAGAGCCAAGUCUACACUUCGCCAUCGGCAACUUACAUCGGCGUUUAUGAUGGACACGGAGGCCCUGAAGCCUCCCUUUUUGUUAACCGCCACCUUUUCCCUUAUUUACGAAAAUUUACCAAAGAACAUGGAGGGUUAUCUGUGGAUGUAAUAAAGAAGGCAUUUAAUGCUACAGAAGAGGAUUUUACUCGUUUGGUGAAGCAAUCAUUGCCUUUCAGACCGCAGAUUGUUUCAGUUGGAUCAUGUUGUCUUGUCGGUGCAAUUUCUGAUGGUCAACUGUAUGUCGCGAAUUUAGGAGACUCAAGAGCAGUGCUUGGUAGCCGAGGUUCUGAUAGGAAGAGGAAUUCGGUGGUGGCAGAACGUUUGUCAACGGAUCAUAACGUGUCGUGUGAAAGUGUAAGGAUGGAGGUUGAAGCUCAACAUCCUGAUGAUUCGCCUAUAGUUGUCAAUUGUCAUGGUGUUUGGAGAAUCAAGGGCAUAAUCCAGGUGUCAAGAUCUAUUGGCGAUGUCUAUCUGAAAAAGCCUGAUUUUAACAGAGACCCACUUUUCUUACAAUUUGGAAACCCUGUUCCUCUGAAGAGACCACUAUUAACAGCUGAACCGUCAAUUGUAACUCGGAAGCUCAGGCCACAAGAUUUGUUCAUAAUCUUUGCCUCAGAUGGCCUCUGGGAGCAUCUCAGUGAUGAAGAAGCAGUGGAUAUCGUAUUUAAAUACCCUAGAGCUGGUAUAGCCAAACGAUUAGUCGAAGCUGCCAUUCACAAGGCGGCAAAGAAGAGGGAGGUGAGAUACAAGGACAUUAGAAAGAUCGAAAAGGGAGUUAGGCGUCAUUUCCAUGAUGAUAUUACUGUGAUUGUGAUCUAUCUGGAUCACGAUCAUCAUAAAAGGCCUAAACACAAGCAAGGGUCUAUUGGGUCUAUUGGGAGCACAAGUGCCCCUGUUGACAUCUUCUCCUAUAAUUCAGAUGAAGUGGAGGAAAAUCCAGUUGACAAGAUUUUCGCCAACGAGGAGUCUCGGCAUAUAUUGGCAGUAUCCUAAAUAGAAUUAUUCCGGUGUUGAAACCAAAAAAUUGGUAUUUUUGUAUACAGGUUUGCUGUAAAUAAAACUUAUAAUUGAUAUUGGAUGCUGAGAUGAAAAAGCAAGGUUUUGCAUUAGAUUCUAACAGAAAAUAACCAAUUUUUUUGUUC